AAGAACCAUAAGAAUCUCACCCCCAACCUAUAUGAACCCAAUUCGUACGGUUUUGUUUGCAGUGAAACGUACAGUAAUUGUAGUACCAGAACAAAUAACCUUGAUAUACACUAUGGAAGCAAGUGACGAAUCUUCAGAUUCUAUAAAUGCUACUACAGAAAGUAAGAAGAGUCUUUUACAUCGAUUGAGAAUUAAAAAGGACAAUGAAAAAGAGAAGUCAUCAGAACCCGAAGAACUCGAAACGUUGAGAUUAAAGAGAGAAGUUGGAUUCAUCGGUGGUGUGAGUCUCAUUGUUUCAUCAAUGAUCGGAUCUGGAAUAUUCGUCUCGCCAAAAGGUGUUUUUCGAUUCAUGGGAUCAGUUGGUAGCGGUCUUUUGACUUGGCUGGCAUGUGGAGUUUUAGCAACAUUUGGUGCUCUUUCUUAUGCUGAAGUUGGAACGAUGAUUCCAAAAUCCGGCGGAGAGUAUCCCAUUUUGUUAGAAGCUUUUGGACCAAUUCCUGCGUAUCUUUUCGCUUGGACUUCAACAACAAUAUUAAAACCUUCAGCUCUUGCAAUUUUGGGAUUAACCUUUUCUAAAUACGCACUUUCACCGAUGUUCCCAGAUUGCGAAACACCAGAGAUGGCAAUGAAACUUGUUGCUGCUGUCGUCGUUGGAGUAGUUGUCUUUAUCAACUGCUACAGUGUAAAGUUAUCUACUAGAUUUUUAACCGUAUUCAGUGUUGGGAAAAUCAUCAGCUUGUUGAUAAUCAUCAUUGGUGGAAUCGUGAUGCUAGCAAACGGUCACACAAAACACUUGGAGAAUUCAUUUGAAGGGGAAACGCCUGGAGUUCGGGAAAUCGCCCUCGCAUUUUAUCAAGGUCUCUGGGCAUAUGAUGGAUGGAACCAAUUAAAUUACAUCAUUGAAGAAUUGAAGAAUCCUUAUGUAAACUUACCAAGGGCCAUUGUGACGGCUAUGAUUUUAGUUACGGGAUUAUAUCUGAUGACAAAUGUUGCUUACAUGACUGCGAUGUCCAGAAUUCAACUGCUCAAUUCGCCUGCUGUGGGCACGGUAUUCGGCGUCAAAGUUUUGGGUGUGAUGUCUUGGAUCAUUCCAUUGGCGGUUACUUGGUCUGUUUUUGGUACGUGUUUAGGUUCUUGUUUCGCAGCCGGACGAAUAUCUUACACUGCAUCAAGGGAAGGCCAUUUCAAUCAAGUUUUAUCAAUGAUUCACAUUAAACGUCUGACUCCAGCACCUGCAGUUUUACUCAAUGGACUACUUGCGAUCAUCAUGAUAAUACCAAACGACUUUGAUACACUUGUAGACUACUUCAGUUUUUGCAUGUGGAUGUUUCACGGGGGAACUUGUGCUGCUUUGAUAUACUUCCGAAUCACACAACCGAAUCGCAAAAGACCAGUAAAAGUUCCGAUUAUAAUUCCCAUAAUAGUUUGCAUAGCUGCUGUAUGUCUUGUCUUUGCUCCAAUUAUUGAUGAACCGAAGAUACAUUAUUUAUUUGCUGUUCUGUAUGUUUUGUUCGGACUGGUAUUUUAUAUUCCAUUCGUACAUUUCAAGAAGAAAAGUCAAACAAUUAGAAAAAUCAACAUUCUAUUGCAAAAAUUACUUCAAGUUUCAACAGAAGAUUAGUUCUCCGUGUCACUGUGUUUUAUCUCGGUCAUUCCGAUAUAAAAUGCCAGAUUAAUGAUUGACUGAAACUCAAUCGUAAUUUUAUCGACACUGGGCAGUCGACUCUGGGUAGCAGACCAUCUAAGAUUCAUUACAUGAUAUUUUUCUAAUGUCGGGUCAUUGAACACAAUAAUGAUAAUGAACCCAUUUAAAUACUUUUUUUUAAUAAAGUACCGCAUUAUUUGUAAAGUGAGUAUAAAAAUAUUCCGUAAAUCACUAGAAAUUUUCCAAUAGCUAAUGUUUUCUUAUGUCGAAAAAACGUGGGUCAUCCAACUGAACUCCUUUAAGCUAAUGUAAUAUAAAUGAAUUGACAGCUUUAUUUCAAUGUUAUAAUUUACAACUUUUAUUUCAACGAAUUUGAAAUUUGACUUUGUUAUGGAUUACCACUAGUCCAUGCACAGACCAAUCUGAAUGCAUCGAGGACAAAAACUUACUUUGUGUAACAUACUAGCCUCUACUAUUAGAAGUUUCAAACUUACAAAUUUGUGGCAGUAAUUAAUAGGAGACCAUAUAAUAGCAAUAUAGUUAUUUAAUAGCACGCGUCUCAUUUUUAUUGUAUUAAUUACUUUUUUGUUUGGGCGGAAAUGGAAUGGACAAUUUUAUCCUAAAUUUAAGUAAAGCUCCAAAUAUUAGCUUGGGCACUUUUUAGAUAAAUUUCAUGGAAUGAAAAUUAGUGGGUUUGUGUACUGUCCAUUUUUAUUUAUUUUUAUUAUUCAUGUUUUGUACAGAAGUAUCUUGUUUUAUUUUUAUUAAGCUUCGUUGUAUUUGCUAGAAAAUUUUAAACAAUUUCAAUCCAUUCAUUGACGGUUCAGAUUCUUCCUUGUACUUAGUCUUUGUAUUUUCCAGUUUCCGUAUACGCCUGGUGAUAUGUCUUAUUUUCAUUGAACCUCGUCGUAACGUAUUUGCUAGAAAUUUUUGAAUAUUUUCAAUCCAUUUAUUGAACUUUCAGAUUUUUUCUUAUAUUUAGUCUUUGUAUUUGCCAGUGUCCGUAUACGCCUGGUGAUUGGGGUUUGAAAUUAUUAUUACAAAGCUUAAUAAGUGAACCAUUGAUUCAGGUUUGGCUUGUAGUUUUCAGUAACUGUAAUUUAACUAUGCCUUCACAAUCAGAUAUUUACUUUUUUUAUUCAUUCACAAAUAUUUUCAUCCUCUCCCUGGUCACUAACUCGCCAGGCGUUGGUGCAAAUUGAUUUGUAGCUUAUGACAUAUGAAGCGAAAUCCAUGUUAAACAUAAUGUGAUGCAUGAACGGAUAACAUAAAACUUCAUUGACGUCGCAGAUUGAAAAUCUAUGAUUCAAACCAGAAGUCCUGCAUUUCACAAAGUGCCUUAUAUGUCAAACCAAAAUAUCCUAACCUUCCAAACCAUGAUAUACUUUUUAUAUAUCUGCGGAUACUGGAUAAAGGCACUGUUCGGAAAAAAUGCCAUCUUGCAAUAUUUAUUCUUGUACUAUAAUUGCACUUGCAUAGUUAACAAUGCCUAAUUAAAAAUCUCGCUUGUGUAUUGUGAAAUGAAAAAAAUGCAUGCGCUUAUUUGAUGGUGCUAAACUCUUUCACCGUUGUAAUUUUUAGGCACCAGCUGGCGUAGACAAAUGCGGUGCUGAGUCACACUAUGAUUUUUUAACAAGUCAUUGGCUAACCAUAGUUUCUAUGUUCAUUAGUUAAAUAAAUGCUAUUUAUUAUUUACAUAUAUUUUUAUGAAAAUAUGGUGCGCAAAAUUAAUUACAGUCUCAUAAACCAAUGGUGAUAUACAAAAAUGUUUCUUCCUCUAGUAUUUAGAUUUC